UCUUUGUUUUGAAAUAUAAGUGAAAUAGAACAAGUGAAUAAGUAAUUUUAAGGGUUAAAAUAUGAUCUAUGUGAAUAAUUUGUGCUAUCCCAAAAAGAUAAUUAUUUGAAGAUAGAAAAUAUAAACAAAAGCACCAAAUUGUGUUUAAAGUUAACAUGUUACUGGCCACAAAUACAACUGGUCAGCAACAACUAGGAAAAUCGCCAACAUUAUCGUUAAAUACUACACCUUGUCUGCCUUCUGGUAGUGCAUGUGCUAAAACCAAUACCACAUCAUCAAACAAUAAAGCCAGUGCAUCUCCAAACAAUUUGGCCAUUAUGUCAUCUUCCCUUGACGUGUCUGCUCCAUCAGCUACAACAACCAUUUCGCCUACCAAUAACAACCUCAAUGCUAAUGGGAAUAAUCUCAAAUGUAGCAACAAUAACAACACCAGCCAAAAGUAUGAGGCACAAUAUGGAGCAAAUGUAUCUUCGCCCUGUAACAGUGAUGGCAAUAACAGUCAAAACAUAGAUGAAUCAAAGGGUAAUAAUAAAAAUAAAGCCAAACACAGUAAUGGAGUAAAUUUAGCUGCUAUGGAUUCAACGAGUCGUGGUGAACGAGAUUCACUAUCAAAUAUUUCAUCCAAUUCUUUAAUUAGACAAAGUUCGGCAAGCACCAACAGUUGUUCCGUACAAUUCAACGAAUCAUCACCAAAUAAUGGUGAUUCUUCCAGCAGCAGUAGUAAUGCCUCACAUAUGAACAACGACAACAAUAAAUCAAAUGAUGAAGAGAAAUUAAAUAACAACCAGACGAUAAAAAAUAACACUGUAAUUAAAGAAGACGAAAGAGAUAAAUCAAAUAGUUCAUCAUCUACCACAAGUUCAUCUUCAGGAAAUGUCCCGACAAAUACGUCUUUAUCAAAUCAGACAUCUCUUAGUAACAUUAAAGUGGGAUUACCAGCAACAGAUAUUGUAAAAGAUGAAAAGGAUAUGGUGAAAAAAGAAGAAUCUUCAUUAUCACCUCCCAAUAUGUCUCCAGUAGGGUUUGGUUCAAUUGUCGGAACGCAAAUUAAUGAAUGUAGUGACAACCCAAGCUCCUCCACCAAUAAAUCAAAUGAUUCAUCGUCAUCAUGUGAUAAAAGAAUGGCGUUAUCGGGAAAUGUUUGUAAUGAGAACGAUGAAAGUUCCGUGACACAAUCGGUAGGCAGCUUAAUAGUUCCAGGUUCCGGUACUAAUUUAAACCUUAUAAGCAGUUGCAAUACUUUAAAUACUAACACAAAUCCAUUAACUUCAAAGUCUUUGGAUGGAUUUUGUUCGGAUGCUUCUACAUCAACACCAAUGGGUUCAAAUAUUCCAAAUACGUCCUGUAAUAUUCCCUUAAACGCUUCAUUUAUUAUUAAUAAUUUAUCCAGUACUAAUGGUCCGCCACAGGUUGGUGGUGGCGGAACGAAUAUUAUUAGCGGCGGUGGCAGUGGUAUUAACAACUGCAUGGAAUAUAUGCAGCAACAAAAUCAUAUAUUUGUAUUUUCCACACAAUUGGCCAACAAAGGAGCUGAAGCAGUAUUAGCCGGUCAAUUUCCCACAAUUAUUGCAUAUCAUUGCACCCAACCGGCUACAAAAUCAUUUUUUGAAGAUUUUUUUCUGAAAAAUCCAAUGAAGAUGACAAAAUUGCAAAGACAAAAUACAUUAAAUAUAAUGGGUGGACUUCCGCCUGCAGGUGGCCCAGGUUCCGGUGGACAACCACCUUGGUUAACUGGCAAUUGCAAUUCAAUGGGAAAAAUGUCACAUAAAUUAGCUUUAAAUAAAUCCGAAACAAUAACGUCUUCGUCGACUAACUCGAGUGGAAUUGGCGUUUUAAAUGAAAACGAUAUGAUGUGUUGGGACCAAACACGUUCUGUUAUGGAGAGUCCAGCAGGAGAUUCUGCUAACACCAUGAAAAUGUUAGAAAAUUCCGAAAAUUCUAGCAAUACAGCAAAACCGAUUUGCUCUGGCUUGACAAAUGAUGAUAGUAUACCUUCGUUGCAAGGUGUCAAAGUUCCCGAUGAAAAUCUAACGCCACAACAGCGGCAACAUCGAGAGGAGCAAUUAGCUAAACUAAAGAAAAUGAAUCAGUUUCUAUUUCCUGAAAACGGAGGUAAUGACUUUCAUACACAAGCAUCUGGAAACAAUCCAAUGAUGGGUGGCAAAAUGCAGGUGCCACCUGAAGCUUUGGCUAAUGCUAUGCCUGGAAAUACGGUGGCGUUAUUGAAUAUGCAAGGUACCAAUAUGGGAAAUAAGCUUAAUGCUGCUGCUAUGCGCAAUAUAUCAGGAAAUCUGAUGAAUCAUUCGAAGACGGGGGCCUCCAACUCACAACUUGAAAACAUGCCAAAUUUGGUAGAAGAUAUCAUAAUGCCUGCCGACAUGAUGGCAAGUUGUGGUCCAAAUGAAAUGACCACAACCACCAUGAAUCCUUUGAAGCAAGGAUGUAUGCCGAAUAUGAAUAUUCCAGGUGGUUUGGGAAAUGGAGGCAGGGGUUUAAUGAACGCAAGUGGACCCAAUCUUAAUAUGAUGAAUAACAGCGGUCCGAUUGGAAUGCCGCCUGGGAGUUUAAUGAACGACCCAAAUAAUACGAUGAUGGGGAAUAGUUCGGAUGUAAUGUCGCCAUUUAAUUCUAAUCAUUGUCCAAGCACAGGUCAAGAUGGUGGUGGUGGGGGUAUGAUGGGGCCGCAUAAAAAUAUGAAUGCACCUCCACCUCAUCCGUCGGACAUGAAUUCCUCAGUUGGGAUGCCUCAAAUGGAAUGGUCAAAAUUACAUCAUCACAUCUAUGAAGAACGUUUAAAAAAUAAUCACUCGAAUGCGAAUAAUAUGCCUCCGGAAAUUGGCGGUGGAGGUGGUGGUGGUUCUGGAUGUCAACAAACAUUAACACGAUGUAAUUCAACAGGUGUUGGUGGUGGUGCUGGAGGUAUGUCCCACCGAACAAACACCAAUGUAAACGCAAGUAAUCGAGGCACCCAAGGACCCCCACCACCUUAUCACCCGACCCAGCGUUCAGCUUCAGUACCCAUUGCGACACAAUCUCCUAAUCCGUCAAGCCCUAACAAUCCAACUUCUAACAUGUCACUGCCUUCGCCUCGAGCAUCAAAUACCAUGGGUGGAGCAUUGUCUUCGACAACUUCACCCAGUAUGGAUAUAACAACUGCUUCCUCCGCGUCAACAGCUAAUACAAAUUCAACCACAACAACUGCUGCCGGUUGUGCAUCGGGUGGUAAUGGCUCAACGAACAAAAAUACAUUUACACAACAGGGUUCACCAACGCCAGCUUCUGGAGCGGGGAACUCAAAUCGUAAUAGAUCAUCUGUAAAUAAUUUAAAUAGUAAUCCCACCACACCCCUAUCACAUGUUUCACCCAAAGAUAUUGAUUCUAAGAAUAUGAAUAUAACACCCACACCAGAUCAUAAAUCCACCAGACCAAAUUCCCAGAGAUCAAGAAGUCCUUUAUUAAAUGAUGUCCCUAAUAACAAUACCAUGGAACCGAGAUUUCCUAGCCCUGGAUUAAACUUUACACCAAGUGGCACGUCCGGUGCCAAUACCCAAAAUUUAUCCAACAGUUUUAAAAAUCAAAAUUCGAACUUAGAGCAGCGCCAAAACCUUCAACAAAUGCCGCCACAAUUUUGUCGACGUACCGAUAAUAUGCCUUUAAAUCCAAACAGCAACCGAAGUAAUCAAACUAAAAUGUCAAAUGCGUUUGAUCCCAUAACAUCGCUGGCCCAAAUGUCACAGCAGUUGACGGGUGGGGGUGUGGGUCUUAACUCUGGAGGUGUGGGCAAUUCACCGAACAAUAUGUCCGGCUUAAUGGUUGGUCCGGGUGGUGUAAACGAUAUAAACAUGAAUGGCCUAAUGGGCGGCCCAAUGAUGGGUGGUCCGGUUGAUCCGAGCAUGGACCAUUGUAAUCAAAAUCCCAAUGGCGGUGGUGGAAAUAUGGGCAUGUCUGGUCUGGGAGGAGUACCGGGAUCAGUACAAGGACCUUUUGGUCCUGGUAAUUGUAAUAUGAUGGGUGGUAAUCCCGGACCUAUUUGCCAGCGAUUGCUAAAUCCAAAAAUGUGUGGACCGAAUUUGUCGGGAGGUUUUAAUCCAAAUCAAGUUGGCGGCAUGUGUAUGCGGGAUGGACCUUCGGGUUUUCCUGGCAUGAUGCCUUCACAUCGGAUUAUGAAUCACCGUAUGUCGGCUAAUUUUGGCAACUUUAAUGUUUCACCUAAUAUACAGGUUAAAGCGAGUACCCCCAAUACCAUACAGUACAUGCCAGUAAGGCCUCAAAAUAAUAAUAACAAUAAUAUGCGAGUACCUCCUAGUCUGGAAUUUCUACAACGAUAUGCAAACCCUCAAAUAAUGGGAAAUUCUGGUGGUGGCGGAGGACCAGUUGCUGGUCCGGGGGCCUCACCUUCCGAUAUGCCUGCCAUGAAUGGUCCAAGUGAUUUAAAUAAAAUGCCAAAUACAAAUAAUAAUAUGGGAGUUAAUCCAAAUGCCAUGAAUCAGAUGAACUUUUUUGGAAACUGCAAUCAAAUGUCGGCAAUGGGUGGCAUGGGGCAACCUGGUGGCGGCGAUCAAGACGAAUUACAAGGUGGCGUUGGCAUGAUGUCUAAUCAUGACCCCAUGAAUAUACCAGGUCCUCAUGCACCAAUGCUUAGAGGUAUGCGGCCUAUGCGUCAAGGUGGAUUGCAGUCGGGUGUUGGUAUGAAUUCCGGCUCACGCAUGCAACAUCCUGGUGUGGGCAAUAUUCCCCCAAAUGGUUUAGGCAACAAUCCAUUUCCUGGCAACGAUAGCGAAUCAUUAGACUGCAAUGAUCCAACAAAUGGUAUGUUUAACAAUGCUGCUGCGGCGGCUGGCCUAUACCAACAGAAGAACAAUAAACCACCACCCAUGGGAAUGUCGCACGGUUCACCCAAUAUUAACCCUAACAAUGGCAACAACGGUCCCCUACCAAACAACAACGUUAUCAAUGAUCAAAAUCCUUCUUCCAACCCCAUUCAAAAUUCUGUUAUGAUGGGUCCCAACAAUUCCAUGUUAAAUAGCAAUAUACCCAACAGUAACAACGGUGUUCCGGGUGGACCCUUAUCGGGCCCUGCAAAUAUGGGUUAUAAAGCAUUUGUUGGCCCAACAUCAAAUGACUUGAAAUAUGCUCAACAAUAUCAUAGUUUCCAGCAACAACUAUACGCCACUUCUACCCGAAAUCAACAGCCGGGUGGUCAACAGCAACCUCCAAAUGCAAUGUCACCCAAUAAUAAUCCAAAUGCCGGAUUUUUUGUUAAUAAAUAAAUUUUGCUCUAAGCCCUUUACCAUGUUAAUAUUAGCAUUUAAAAACAAAACAAAAAAAUAAUAAAACAAUUGUUUUGAACAAUUAAUAUAAAAUAAAA